GUUGCAUACGCACUGGUCAUGAGACUAGGGUGGUUUCUGCUAUUGUGCAGAUAGGAUAGAGAUACUUUGUAUAACUUUGAAAAUCUUAACUGCAUGAACUGGAUUCUCCAAUGACUGCAUAAAGAUCUGAUGUCCACCUGAGAAAAUGUUUCAGAUCCUCACAAUUCUGUUGCUGGAUACACAGCUCUCCAUGGUGUCAGCUUUAUUUACAGUUGAAGUUCCUCAACAGCUCUACAUUGCAGAGUAUGGGAACAAUGUGACCAUGGAGUGCAGAUUCCCUGUGAAUGGCUCAGUAAAUCUAGAACUCCUAACUGUUGUUUGGGAGCAGAAAAGGCCAGGCUGGUUGAAAUCAAAAGAGGUGUACACACUCCGCAAUGGGAAGGCAGUCCCUCCAUCCCAACAUCCUGAUUACAUAGGAAGAGCAUCACUUCUGCACAGUGAAUUGAAGCUGGGACGAGCUAUUCUUGAGAUCAUCAGUGUGAAGAUCACAGAUGCAGGAUCAUAUCUUUGUCUCAUUAACUACCGGGGUGUGGACUACAAGUAUAUUACUUUGGAAGUAAAAGCAUCCUACAAGAGAAUAAACACUCAAGUAAUGAGAAAACCAGGUGAAGACAUGUUUGUUUUUAUGUGCCAGUCAGAAGGCUUUCCUCUGGCGGAGGUUUUUUGGCAAAAUGAGAAGAACUUCAACCUCAGUGGACCUGCAAAUACCACCUAUACACUGACUGCAGAUGGCCUUUACAAUGUCACCAGCAUCCUGACAUUCAAACCAAAUAUGAGUGAGAACUACAGCUGUGUGUUCUGGAAUAAAGAACUGAAUGGAGAAACUUCAGCUCAUAUUUCCACUUCAGCUUUAAUGAGUACACAGUACAGUGGACAAAAAUCCCUGAUGUCAUUUAUCAUCCCCACAUGUGUGACUGUAGCGGUCCUUCUUUCUGCACUAAUAAUAUUUCAGAAGAGAAAAUCAUUCAAGAAUGGACAAUCCAGAAAAGGCAGGAAAAGAAAACUGAACCCUAACCCAAAAGAUGAGAACAGAGAUGAUUCUAACACUCAAACUGAGGCUUUGUACUUGUCAACUGCCACAGCUUCAAGAGACAGUGAGAUUUGGUUCUGUGAAAAGUCUUCAUCUUACAUCCCAUAAUUUGCACUUCUUGUAUCUGUUUUUGGGGACUUCAAAGGAAAUUACAGCACUUUAGCCUUGGGAUAAACAGUGAACUCAUGGGGAUGUACUUGCACUUCAGCAAUGGAAAGCCAUGCCUCUUCAGAUAUCUUGAAGUUACUGGGAAUUAUGCUGUCAUGAGAUGUGGUUUACCACUGUGAAGAGGUCAUCUGAGUGCUUUUGAUACACUUUACUUUUGGACUUACUGUUGCUCAAGGAACUUUUGUUUAAGAAUGCCCUUAUUAACUGCUUCAGUCUCAGGAAUGGUGCUUGGAUUCAAACAUUUUGUGUGAAUUUGAAUAAAAAUUGUAAAUGUUAUCUUAUGUCUAAGCAGGUCAUCUUUAGAGAGACAUCAUUAAAUGCCCAUAUCCCAUUUCCAAACUUUCUAACACAUUGAACUAGAAAUUACCACAAGUACCCACCAACAUGGCAACUUGUAGUAGAUAUUUCACAGCACAAGAGCAAUAAGAGGUUGAAAUUAUAUCAAAGGAUAGACUAAAAAAAAAAAAAUCCCAGUAAGAACAGUAAAUCAACUUCAGAGAAUUUUAAUGCACUCUCUAUUUAAAACCCUGUAA